AUGGAUGCAAUCACCUUCAGGUACUUAAUGAGCCUAACGGCCUCUAAUAAUUUAGAGAUGUACCUGAUGGAUGUUGUGACUGCAUACCUAUAUGGCUCACUUGAUAGUGAGAUAUAUAUGAAAAUUCCUGAGGGAUUUAAGAUCCCAAGAAGGGUCAAAGAUGCUGAAGCAUCUAAAGAGCUUUGUUCGGUCAAACUCCAGCGAUCACUUUAUGGAUUAAAACAAUCCGGCCGCAUGUGGUACAAUCGCUUAAGUGAAUACUUGUUGAGUAAAGGUUACGUCAACAAUGCGAUUUGUCCAUGCGUGUUCAUAAAGAAAUCCUCAACGGGUUUUGUGAUCAUUGCUGUGUAUGUUGAUGACCUGAACAUGAUUGGAACUCAAAAGGAGAUUGAUGAUGCAAGAACUCAUAUGAAAGAUGAGUUCGAAAUGAAAGAUCUUGGAAAGACAAAGUUUUGUCUUGGGCUCCAGAUAGAGCAUUUCCAAGAUGGAAUAUUUUUGCAUCAAUCAAAUUACACCAAAAGGGUGUUAAAGCGCUUUUAUAUGGAUAAAGCGACUCCUUUGAGUAGUCCAAUGGUCAAUAGAUCGCUUGAUGUUAACAAGGAUCCAUUUCGACCUAUUGAAGAUUCUGAAGAAAUGUUAGGUCCUGAAGUACCUUACAUGAGCGCCAUCGGGGCACUUAUGUAUCUUGCAAAUUGCACAAGACCAGAUAUAGCUUUUGCUACUAAUCUGCUUGCAAGAUACAGCUCAUCGCCUACCAGAAGACAUUGGAACGGAAUAAAGCAUAUAUUCCGUUAUCUUCAAGGUACGAUUGAGUUUGGAUUAUAUUAUUCAAGAAACCCCGAGGUUGGUUUAGUUGGUUUUGCAGAUGCUGGCUACUUGUCUGAUCCGCAUAAAGCUCGAUCGCAAACCGGUUAUGUUUUCACAUACGGUGGAACCGCGAUCUCUGGCGUUCCCAAAAACAAACUUUGGUUGCAACAAGCCAGCGGAGUAUCUACAAAGAAAGAGCCAACAACCAUCUACGAAGACAAUUCUGCAUGUGUCACUCAACUCAAAGAAGGCUACAUCAAGAGCGACAGGACAAAACACAUCCCUCCAAGAUUUUUCUCCUACACUCAAGAACUCGAGAAGAAUCAAGAAGUGGAUAUUCAGUAUGUUCGCUCAAGUGACAACGCAGCUGAUCUCUUCACAAAGGCGCUUCCUACUACAGUGUUCAAGAAGCAUGUUCAUAGUAUUGGAAUGCGUCGUCUACAAGAUUUAAAUUCUCCGUCGAUCUCUACUCGUAUCAAAAUCCUUACCGGAUAUGCCCGAUCGUUUGCUCCGGCGUCAGAAUGGACAGAGCUACGCGGCAGCGGCAGAUCCGCCACAGAAGCUAGGGUUUCUCUCGUUCUCGCUCUCGCCUCUCAGGCUUCCUCUGCCUCUCAACGCCUCUUGGCUGAUUUGGCGGUGGAGACUGCGAAAUACGUGUUUCCGAAGAGAUUCAAUAGCUCAAAUCUGGAAGAAGCGUUGAUGUCUGUUCCGGAUCUGGAGACGAUGAAUUUCAGAGUUCUUAGCAGGACAGACAAAUACGAGAUUAGAGAAGUCGAGCCUUAUUUUGUGGCCGAGACUACAAUGCCAGCGGAAAAUGGCUUCAAGGUCUUUCAACGUGUUAGCUGA